GACCAGCAAAAGAAACCGGAAGCGGAAAAGACCACGAGCGGAACAAGUCAGCUCUCGCGAUGUUUCCUCCAAAACAAGCGGGAUCCAUAGCAGCAAUGUCGGUUAGACGAAGACAAGCAAAUGCGACGAUUGUCGAGUUGGAGCCGAUGGAGGACUUGUCUGCUCGGGUCCUUCUCAAACAAAUUAUGAGCACUGAGCCACACAGCACUCCCGUCACCCGCAGUGUCUCCAAAGAGCAGAGUAGCGCAUUAAGAUGCAUCACCAGAUCGAGAGUCAAAGCCGGGCGUGAGCAAAUGCCGCAGAAGAUCUUAAGGGACAGCAUAAAGCGUAAGAUGCGUGAGAGCCUAUCCAGGGACUCUCUGCUGCCUGUAAAAAAGCCAACCGCCUUGGCAUCGCCGAAAAAGGGAUACACGCUGGCCGCAUCCUCCUCGAUGUUGGAUGACGAAGAGACGCCGAGGCACAUUCUUGAGAACAUCCUGCAGACGGAUACGGUCAAGCCGCGUGUGGUUCAGGAGGGAGCGUCGCCCGCGCUGCCUCAGAUGGCUUCAGCGGACUCCAGCAUCGCCGACGACAAACAUCAAAGAACUGACCUUUCCGAGUUGGAUCUGGACAAUCUGACGUUUGCCAAUGUGGCGAGCAUUUCCAAGGGACUGAAGAGAAAGCGGCCGCGACGCAGCCUCAACGUGACCGCUUUUGAAGAGCACCUCAAGCGAGGCUGUGAGGAUGCUGAGAAUGAAGAGGUGAACUCGACACCAGAUGAUCUGUCACUUUCUUUGUCAAACGUCACGUCACUUGUGAACGAUCAGACGGAGCAAAAAGGCCUGCGGAGGAGAGUUUCUUACCAUCACAAAAUCACGGAAGAUGAGUUUGGGGACGCUGUAAAUAAGAUGCAUCUACAUCAUGAUGCUGAAAAUGAAGCGGACAAACUGUCGCGAGAUGAUCUGUCGCUUUCCAUAUCGAACGUCACUUCACUUGCGGAUGAUCGGACCGAGCAAAAAGGCCUGCGGAGAAGAGUUUCUUACCAUCAGAAAGUCACAGAAGAUGAGUUUGGGGACGCUGUAAAUAAGAUGCAUUUGGAUCAUGAUGCUGCAAAUGAAGCGGACAGACUGACGCGAGAUGAUCUGUCGCUUUGUAUAUCAAACGUCACAACACUUGCGGAUGAUCGGACUGAGCGAAAAGCGCUGCGGAGAAGAGUUUCUUACCAUCGGAAAAUCACAGAAGAUGAGUUCGGGGACGCUGUAAAUAAGAUGCAUUUGGAUCAUGAAGGGAGCGGAUUUGUGCUCGAGGAGCCCGGACCCGGCGAGACCGCCCGUGCCGACACAAUCACACCGGGUCCCAGCGAGCGUGACGAAUUUGAGGUCACCGAUGAUAUUGUCAACUCCAACACUGCCCUCUGCCCACAGCCGGAUGCAAUGCAAGACAAGUCCACCGUCGAGGUGUCUCAGGUUCAGAGGGUGCUGGAGCAGGACGGGGCGAGAAUUCUGGACGUGACAGACGGCCUGGUGAGCAGAACCACUGCUGAUUGCGAGGAAGAGGCGGUGAGUUCAGAAUCAAAGGAUGAAACCGAAUUGGAGUUGAAGGAAGAGGAAGUCGAGGAAACUGCAGUUGAUCCCAAAACAGAAGAGCUUCCCGUCGCGCUCCUGGAAGAAGUGGAGGAUGCGGCUACACCUGAAAAAGAGGAAGCUGCACCCCCGAUUAAAGAGGGGGAGGACGCGGUGAUAUCUGAAGAAGAGGAGGCUGAGGCCCCACCUGGAGAGGAGGAAGAUGUAACGACGUGCGGAGACGAGGGGGCUGCCACAGACUCUCAAACUGAAAGUGUCGUCGAUUCCCGUUCCCAAGAAGAUGGCGCCACCGGGUCUCAGUCCGAGGAAGGAGACGUGGCCGAAAAUGAGAAUGAUGGACCGCAGGAGGAGGAGGAGGAGGAGGAGGAGGAGGAGGAAAGCAAUCACGACGUGGAACACAUCGAGCAGCGAUCUCAUCUAUCUUCGGGCCCUCUCGUGGUGCCCAUUGCAGAGGUUGAUGCCACGCAGCCCGGCUCGUCGGAGUCUGAGAACAGGCCCCAGAGUGAAAGCAGUUCUGGUUUUGGAAGUGCUCCAGACGUACAUCAGAACUCAUCCAGCCCUGCGCAGGGAGAGGCUUCGGAUACCGGGGAAGAGCCCGAUUGUGGCGACCUGAACUCCUCGCAUCUCCUGAGGGUGAGCAACGCCGACGAAGAGGCGGAUCCUCCAGCUGAGGUCGCGGACUCCACCGAACGUGUGGAAGAUUCGGAGGAAGACGACGGCCAAGUUUCCGAAGAAAUCCCCAUGACGACUCCAGCAUUUGUUCGUGAGAAACGGAAGACUUUUCAAGUCCCCUACCCAAUCUCACCCACCGUUUUCAAGCCUCAAGCUAGUCGUUCAACUGAAGGCGUACCUCCGGUGAAAAAGUCUGUGAGGAAGCGGAGAAGCGGAGCAGCGCCGACGGUGAACGCCGGUCUCCCCAAGAACUACGUGAUGGGGGCGUUUCGGCACUUCGCCAAAGCCAAAGUGUCUGCGGACGUUUACCCCGUCGUCAAAGACAUAAUGGAUAAAUUCCUCGAGCGGAUGGCGCACGACCUGGAGACGUUCGCCGUUCACGCCGGGAGAAAAACUAUCGAGAUCGAAGAUGUCGAACUGCUGUUGAGAAGGCAGGGUCACGUGAACGACAAGGUGCCGGUGGAGGUGCUGAUUGAAAAAUACCUUCGCAUGGAGCAGCGCAAGCUCCUCAUCCCCAUAGCGACCAGCGGGAACGUGGUCGUCCCAAAAAUGAAGAAGAGAUGAAUUAUGGAUUGAAUUUUCUCAGUCUCUGUAAAGCCUUCAUCUUGUAAAUGCCAUUAGAUUCGCAGUGAGAGAGUUCUUGUGAAAUGUAACAUUUUCUAAUAAAGUUUGCUAGCAAAGCAAA